AAUUUUACAGAGGCUCAAAAGACUGCUAAGUCGAGUAUCUUCGUAAUUCACGUACAAGUGAUUUCUAAAAUAUUCUCAGUUUUUCAAGACCAACGAAUAGUCAAGUAAUUGCAAACCCUCUUGCGACUUCUGGGGAAAACAUCAGCAGAAGAUCAUCACGGGAAGUAACUACAUUAUGGGAAGCACAACCCCAAUUCCCACCAUAGAUCCCUCAAAUCCCCAAAUUCAACACUGGGAAACUGGACUAGCUCUCUAUACCGACUUCAUCACCCCCGCAGAAGAAGCAGAAAUCAUCAGCUCUAUCCUCUCCGAUGAUCGCUGGAGUGGCAUUGGCAAAAGACAAACACUGCAUUAUGGUGCCCAUUUCGAUUAUACUACUUUUGGAGCGUCGGAAUUGUGGACCCCAGUUCCGAGGUAUUUGGAAGAAUUAGUCGAUCGUCUGCCCUGGAGAAAAGAGGGAAAAGAGGAAAGACCAGAUCAAUUUACCGUCCAAUAUUAUCCUCCCGGUACGGGAAUUCCCCCACACGUCGAUACUCAUUCCGUGUUUGGGGAAUAUCUCUAUAGUUUAAGUAUAGGUAGUUCUGUGCCUAUGGUUUUUAAAAAGUGCGGGGAAAAUGAAGCGAGGAAAAUGAGAAAGCCGAAGAGGUCGCUUGGGCGAUCGAGGGAUGAGGUUAAUAGGACGGGGGUUACGGUGAAAGCGGUGGAUGAUGGGGAGGAGAAAUGGGAGGUUUGGCUUAGGGAGAGGAGUUUGUUGCUUAUGAGGGGAGAGGUGAGAUUCGGUUUUACCCAUAUGAUUCGUGGGAGGAAAUUUGAUUAUGAUGAGCUCAGGGGGGAAGGAGGGAUGGGAGGUGGAGAUGAGGAGGUUAGGAGGGAGGGAGGUGGGGUGUAGGUGUGGGUUUGGGGUUUGUGAUGAGGAUUAGGGAGGAGGUUGAGAGAGAGGAGGUGGAGGGGAAGGAAAUGGAGGAGAGGGAGGAAAGGGAAAGGCGCGGACAGAGACUGAACAUGUACCUUGAACUUGUAGAAAAUUAAUAAAUAAAAACAUCUACAAUAUACCCACCCUUCCAUCAUGCUUAACAAUUAGAAUUUCUA